AUGACUAGAGAACCCGUCCUCCUUCAGCCUUGCAUUGUGCACAUUCGACGGCUGAGUGUUGUAGAAAGAAUAAUGGUGGACGUGAACCCUGAGGACAAGGCUGGGUCUCCUCACUGGCGUUCUGUGGGAGCACAUAGACAGUCUCCCAACCAUAUGGAGGAAGAAGAUGGGGAAGGAGAUGGAGAGGAAGGAAGCAGCUGGUACAAGUCAACCGAGAAAGCUUUUCAAGGCUUUCCAGUCCACUAUGAUUGCGCGGCCAGGCCGGCGGCGGCCUGCGAGGGAAGUUUCCUGCCGGCCUGGGUGAGCGGCGUGCCCCGCGAGCGGCUGCGCGACUUCCAGCACCACAAGCGCGUGGGCAACUACCUCAUCGGCAGCAGGAAGCUGGGCGAGGGCUCCUUCGCCAAGGUGCGCGAGGGGCUGCACGUGCUGACCGGAGAGAAGGUGGCCAUAAAAGUCAUUGACAAAAAGAGGGCCAAAAAAGACACCUAUGUCACCAAAAACCUUCGGCGAGAGGGGCAGAUCCAGCAGAUGAUCCGCCACCCUAACAUCACCCAGCUCCUCGAUAUCUUAGAGACGGAAAACAGCUACUACCUGGUCAUGGAGCUGUGUCCUGGGGGCAACCUGAUGCACAAGAUAUACGAGAAGAAGCGGCUGGAGGAAUCUGAAGCCCGCAGAUACAUCAGGCAGCUCAUCUCUGCGGUGGAGCACCUGCACCGGGCAGGGGUGGUCCACAGAGACUUGAAGAUAGAAAAUUUGCUACUAGAUGAAGACAAUAAUAUCAAGCUGAUUGACUUCGGUUUGAGCAACUGCGCAGGCAUCCUCGGCCACUCGGACCCGUUCAGCACGCAGUGUGGCAGCCCCGCCUACGCCGCGCCCGAACUUCUUGCCAGGAAGAAAUAUGGCCCCAAAAUUGACGUCUGGUCCAUAGGUGUGAACAUGUACGCCAUGUUGACCGGGACCCUGCCUUUCACAGUGGAGCCUUUCAGCCUGAGGGCUUUGUACCAGAAGAUGGUGGACAAGGAAAUGAACCCCCUCCCCACCCAGCUCUCCACAGGAGCCAUCAACUUCCUGCGCUCUCUCCUGGAGCCGGAUCCUGUGAAGAGGCCCAACAUUCAGCAAGCACUGGCGAAUCGCUGGCUUAAUGAGAAUUACAUGGGCAAAGUGCCAUAUAAUGUCACCUAUCCCAACAGGAUCUCCCUGGAAGAUCUGAGCCCAAGCGUGGUGCUGCACAUGACCGAGAAGCUGGGCUACAAGAACAGCGACGUGAUCAACACCGUGCUCUCCAAUCGCGCCUGCCACAUCCUUGCCAUCUACUUCCUCUUAAACAAGAAACUCGAGCGCUAUUUGUCAGGGAAACCUGACAUCCAGGACAGUGUCUGCUGCAAGACCCAGCUCUACCAGAUAGAAAAGUGCAGGCCCACCAAAGAGCCCUGUGAGACCUCCCUGGACACCUGGACAAGAGACCUUGAAUUCCAUGCUGUGCAGGAUAAAAAGCCCAAAGAACAAGAAAAAAGAGGGGAUUUUCUUCAUCGGCCGUUUUCCAAGAAGUUGGACAAGAACCAGCCCUCGCACAAACAACCCUCGGCCUCGCUCAUCACGCAGAUUCAGAACACCAAGGCCCUGCUGAGGGACCGGAAGGCCCCCAAGUCCGGCUUCCCCGACAAAGAUUCCUUCGGCUGCCGCAAUCUUUUCCGCAAAACCUCAGACUCCAGUUGUGUGGCUUCGUCUUCCAUGGAGUUCAUCGCCGUCCCACCGCCCAGGACCCCCAGGAUUGUCAAGAAACCGCAGCCCCCUCAGCAGGGGCCCGGGAGCAGCAGCAUCCCCACCAAGGAAGACCCCCUGGUGCUGGAUAUGGUCCGUUCCUUCGAGUCUGUCGAUCACGAGGACCACACGGAACUGCUCUCCCCCUCCGAUCACUAUAGGAUCCUGAACUCCCCUGGAGGCUUGGCUCGUGGAAACCCCGGUGAGCGGACGCUGUCUCCGGCUCUGCUGCCCGGAAGCCCGUCACCUCUCCAAACUCCUUUGCAUCCCACUCUGGUCUCCUUUGCUCACGAAGAUAAGAACUGUCCCCCCAAAGAGGAGGGUGUGUACUCCCCACCUCCAGUUUGCAGUAACGGCACCACACAGCCCCUGGGGAGCCCGAAUUGUGUGAAAAGUCGAGGCAGGUUCCCCAUGAUGGGCAUCGGACAGAUGCUGAGGAAGCGGCAUCAGAGCCUACAGCCCUCUGCAGACAGGGCCUUGGAGGCCAGCAUGCCCCCGCUGCAGCCCAUGGCCCCCGUGAGCCUUGCCUUCGACCUGGCCGAUGGCGUGAAAGGCCAGUGUUAACCUGGGCCAGCGGCGGGACGCUGGGUAUUUCUAAGGGCGGUAAUGGAACAGGAUGUGAAGAUUCAAAGGGAGGCCUCUCUCGCAGCAUCCUUCAUGCCUCAUGUCCUCCUGCCAGGCAGUGUCCCAUCUGUGGAACAGCUGAAGUCCAUAGGCUGAAAGCCUGCAGCACCCAGUCUUGCCUAGGGACCCCGGAGAUGCUGGCGUUGACUGGGAGGGUUGGCUGUGACUGCAGCCAGUGAUGGUUCACACCCUCUUACUCACCGGCCCUCCGCCCACCUCCCUCGGCUGGGCUCCACGGUGAGCACCAUGCAUCCGCCUCUGGGCUGCUCAGAUCACAGACUGUUACCAGAUCUUUCUUCACUGUGUGCUCUGCGUGUGCCUCUCAGUGGAUCAUUCUCUUUUCAGCAAUCGGCCACCGUCGUGUGGGGACUGAUGGCCCCGUCACAGAGCGCUUUCUCCAGACCACGGUUUUCCUUCCUUUUGUAGAGGUGAAUACCUGGAACACCGGGCCCCAGGAGCCUCAGAGGAAGAUGGGUGGGAGUCUCGGCCACCAGCACCACCCCUCAGAGCGGAAAGGGGCAGCUGGGCAAAGACCGAUCCAAACAGUGAGGACUCCAGGGAAAGGAAAGACCAAAGAGAGGCACGCGUUUCCGAAACAAGAUUUUGACAGUUUUGUGUUGUUUUUUUGGUUGAAACUUACUAAUAGUUAACUUAUCUUCUCCAAAGAUGACUUUUCUUUAUGUGAUGUCAUUAAGUCACGGUAGCAUAAUUUUUAAAAACCUGAUGGAGAGAUGAGAAGCGAUCCUACUAACCUCCUGUUUUAACGAGAGGAUAAGCACGCAGGGCCUAAAAGCCCACCCAGGUGGUGUUUUCCGGUGGCUGGUAGCCUACGGCGACCUGCAGGAGUGGGGCAUGAUCGCAGCCGGCUGUCAACGCAACCCUGAUCCUUCUGGAAGGCGUAGGACAUAAUUUCAGUACGUUACUUAGAAGGAGAGAAAACGGUUAAGGUUGAAUUUGGAGGCAUCUGGAAGGCACAUUACUCUGUGCAAUGCAGUUUUCAAGCUGCCAGGAAAACAAGUGUAAUUGGGAGCUCGGCUAGUUUGCCGUGAGCUUUGAGCAGGCUUGCCCGCCAGGGAUCGUGUUCAGAAUGGAGUACCGUGUCUUCUUUGAGGAAAGCAGGGCUCCCCAAACAGGCUUUGAGUUCAUGUUCCGUUUUCACACCUCUUUUUCAAGGAUCGAACCAAAGACGCAUCUCCGGUUCUGUGUCUGUGCCAUCCCUGUGUGCGUGUUCUGUGGACCCCGUGUUGUCUGAGCGUGUCAAGCUGGAGCCUGCCAGGGGGCUGCCUUCACGUGGGGCCUGGGCCCUGGCACUUGGUAGGGACCCCUUGGUCAUGAGCAGAAUUGGAAAAAGAAGAAUGAUUGGCAUAGGUUGGAGAGCGGUUAAUCCAGGAGACAGAUGACACAACGGCGUGGAGUCCUCGACUGUUGGUUAGUGCAGGUGUGACAGAAAUCAACGCCGUGGCCAGCCCAGGAUUUGUCCUCUCAGCUCGCCGAAACAGGCCACUCCUUAAGGACUACGAAGCCCACCUUCGUUUUUCCCGGCAGCCAGCCCAUGGCAGAGAGUGGCGGACUGGUUUUCACCUUCGGUCAUUUACCAGUGGUGACUUUGCCCCACAGGUCUCUGAGCAAGGAGCAAGCGGGUAUUGGCUGGCCCCUGAAGCCAUGGCGAUGCCCAUUGUGGGCGGACCUUGAGGAGACCUGGAGCUGCUGCUUCCGGCUCGGUGGGGUCAGCCCGGCUCUAAGGCUUGUUAGGAGGGAGUCAGGCUCCUGGCUGUUGGUGUUAUUUCUUUGUAUCUUCCAGACUGGGUUCUGGAACUCUCCAUUGAAAACAGAGCUUUUUAAGCAGAACAAAGAGCCCCUCUCCAUCUGACAUGAAAACGUUUGGAUGUGGAUCAGUGAAGGAACCUUUUUUGAAGAUGGUUUCCGGCUGCAAGUGGCCCGCUGUGCAGGUUCGCAGGCUGUGUAUCUGUGCCUUGUGAACUUCUAGCCCUCGAUGUCUCUUUCCUGUAUUUUACUUUCCUUGAGAACGUGAGCAUUUCUGCGUCAUUGUUAGCUCAUUGGGACGUUUCCCAUUCCUCGCUUGCUUCAAGAACAGCUGUAGCCUGUCAUCCAACUAACUGACCAUGUCACCAUGGGUAACUUGAACUGUGAACUCAGGUUUAUUCCAAACCCAGUGAGAGAUGAGAGGGAGUGAGGAAGGGGGUAAACUGUAUUUUUUGUGUGUGAGCACCUGACAAAUCUAUGAAUUCGAAUGAGAGAAGAAAUGUUAAAUUCUUUAUUAUUUUAUUAUAUUUAUAUGGAAAACUUGACUAUCCUUUUGGUAAGUUCAAAGUGUGUUGUCUCUUUGACCCAUGACUGUCCAUCAUUAGUCUGUGCCUGUGACCUCAGUCGGCCUGUAGUUACUGAUGGAAAUGACUGAACUGUGAUUGUGUGAAGUCCGGGAGGAAAUGUCAACUUUAAUUGUAUAAUUUGGUCAUAAGUAAGAACUGUAUUUAUGUCACCAUUAUUAAAUGUAUGUACUUUUAUAAUGACUGUGAAAUACACUUUUCCCUCACUAUGACGGCUUCAUUUAUUUGCUAAUAAAUCUUAAAACACUGA